AUGGCCUCGAUUAAAGAAUCGAAGGUGGAAGUACGACUCCGACAACUAUCCUCCCCUUCCAAGGCCGUAGCUAUAGCUAGCCAGCCUCUGUCUCGUCCCAGUAUGCUGACAGGCCCUCUUUUUCUUCCAGUCAACGACCCUGCCCCGGUCCCCGAGCCCAACGCCGCGCACGGGUCGUACCACUGGACCUUCGAGCGCCUCCUCGCUGCCGGUCUAGUGCCACUGACGAUCGCGCCCUUUGCCUCCGGCUCCCUCAACCCCGCCAUGGACGCCGUCCUUUGCUCCGCCGUCCUGCUGCACUCUCACAUGGGCUUCCAGCAGUGCAUCGUUGAUUACGUUCCCAAGAAGAAGUAUCCCGGCCUCCGAAAGACGACCUGGUGGAUGCUCAACGCCGCUACCGUCCUCGUCGGCGUCGGCCUGUACGAGUUUGAGACGAAUGACGUGGGCGUCACCGAGGCCAUCAAACGGGUGUGGAAGGCAUAA